UAUAUAAUAUACCACACAACCUACAAUUGAAGCACUCUCCUCUUACUAGCUAGUUAUUACAUUACAUGUACCAACACCUCCUCAGAUCACCAGUUGCAUGUACAAAUCCAUGUACUAACAGUGUGUCUUCUUGCAAAACGUAGCUACGAGGGCCCCACACUCUGCAUAUAUCCCGUCCACACCCAUCCCUCUCAUCCACAUCUCACUCACCACUCCAAAAUUCAAAAUUCCCUUGUAUAGGAAAAUGCUCUGCAAUGUAGAGGAAGAGAAGGAGAAGAAGAAGAAGAAGAAGAUGCUAGUGGUGGACAUCCUCUCCACCAACCAAUGGCCACAGGCCAUGGGCGAGAGACUUGCUCUGAUGCCCGGAAAUAAUAAUAAUAACAAUAAUAAUAAUCGCUCAAUCAGCACCUCCACCACCAUCACCACCGUUGUCACCACCACCAGUAACAGCGCAGCUGCAGCGGCGGCUGCAGGGGGCGCAUCAUGCGCCGCCGCAGCAGCAGCAGCGCCCCCGGCCCCGCCGCCGCUGAAGUGCCCGCGGUGUGAUUCGACGAACACGAAAUUCUGCUACUACAACAACUACAGCCUCUCGCAGCCGCGGCACUUCUGCAAGGCCUGCAAGCGCUACUGGACCCGCGGCGGCACCCUCCGCAACGUCCCCGUCGGCGGCGGCUGCCGGAAGAACAAGCGCCCUAAAAAGCAAUCCUCGCACGUCGCCGGCGGUUCCGACCGAAUUACAGGCCUCGUCCCCGUCCCCGGCCCAGUAGGCCCCGGGCCGGUACCGCUCCUCCCGCCUCUCUCGCAUCUCGAUGUAUCCAUCAAUCCUUUACUCUUCGCGGCCGCCUCCUCCUCUAUGAGUCUCCCCUUAAUCCCGAACCUGCAAAGCUCGACCGCCACCCAAAUUCCGAUUGAUCUCCAACCUCAUGUCGAAUACCAACUACGCGGCGGCAAUGAGUUCCCGCUCGGCCAAAUUCAGCAGCCAGGGCUCGCCGCCGAGUUCCCGUUGCUCGGGCAGUCCCUGUUGCCGAAUUCGAUUGCAUCGCUCCUCGAGCUGAACGGGAGUGGUGGGAUCAUCAAGAAUGAGAAGGUGAUGGAAUCUGCGGCAGCAGCGGCGGCGAGUAAUAAUAAUGAUAGAGUAGAGUGGCUAACGCCGUGUGAGAGCUCGUUCGAAUCGUUUGGCGCCUCGAACGUUGCCCUAAAUCCGACCGACUCGCCGUAUUUUUAUUGGAAUUCUGGAAUAAUCGGCGGCGGCGGCAGCAGUUGGGCUGAUGCCGCUAACUGCGGACCAUCAAUUGCACCUCUUCUGUAGCUCAGUUGGAUAGAGCGGAGUAUCAUUCUUUAUCGCGUUUGAUCACUGCUUUUUUUUACUUCUUCUUUUUUUUUUUUGAGUUUUGCUUUACAUAUAGAGACGGAGAUAAUUUAUGGUGUUUUGCGUGUUCGUGGAUCGGAGAGAUCAUGUCGGGUGCAAACGCAGGUCUCCGUAUCGCCGCGUUGUUUUAAGUCGCCGUGGCGUUCGCGGAGAUCGUUUGCUCCGAGAGGAACCUCGGAUCCAUUAAUGGUGUCUUACGUGUAUUUCCCUCGGUCUCAGAUGAUUCGUUGCACCAGAAAGAAGGAGAAGAAGAAAACAAAGUGCAUGAAGUGAUGGAGCUGGAGAAGUAAGUUGGUUAAUUUCCAUGUUGUAUAUAAGCAUGGUAUAAUAGUUAUAAUGGGGUUUAUCCUUUUAGUUCUUUUAAGUGCUUUAAUUUUGGGUCUUAUUAUUCUUGUGUUUUUUAGAGGAUCUCAUCUUACUGGUGUAGAACUAUCAAAGAACUAAUAAUUUCUUUUUAUUGUUUCCUAUGUUUCCUUUUAUUUGGUUGAUUAGGAGAAAGUUUGUGGUGUCAAAUAAUGUGUUGGUUUAGUGUUAAUUUGUGUCUUUCCCUUGGUUAUAUGAAACUGUUGAGAAUUGCUCAAUUUUCUGUUUGUAACAGGUGUUUCUUUUUUUUUCAAUCCCCAAGAACUCUACUUGUUCUUGACUAUUUAUUUA